AUGUCUUACAUCGAUGUCGCAAUGGCUCGCAGCUUGCGGCCGACUGCCUGGGAAGCAAUCACCGAUGUGCUUGCCCGAAAUCUCGUCGCCCAAGCUCAUAAGCGCAACCUAGUUGGUGAUGCGCAACAGAAAGUUGGCGAUGUCAAAACUGCUUUUUCGAGCUGGGAUAACUGCAUGCAGGUCGCCUACUGCAAGUGCUGCGGCAAUUGCUGCGGAUGUUGCGACCCUCCGGGCGGCCGCAAGCACAAGUACCUUGACGAGCCCUACAUUCCUCCUCAUCAUGGCUACCAGCCACAGGCUCCCAUGCAGCCCUCUUUCCACCCGCCGCCUCCCCAGCAACACCAGGCACAGCAGUAUGCCUCUUUCGAUACGCCAAAGAAUCAAGAUGCCCUGCCGCAAAUGCCUAGCUGGGAUGGCGCUGGAUCCAGAAAGGUCAUGGUCGAAGAAGAAGUCAACGCUGUCGAAAUGAACCAUCUCAAGAAGCCAUCACCCGACCAACACACAGGCACCCCUGCAGUUAGCCCAAUAAAUGGCGACGGCCGUGGCCCUCCUAGUCGUGGACCUGGCGGCCCUGGACGAGGCUACAUGGCUAAUAAUACUGCUGCAAGCCCCGGUGGAUAUGGGCAUCGUCCCGUCAGCCCUCUCAAUGAAGCAGGACAUGGUAGCAACCACGGCUACAACCAAGCUGGCCCCGGCGGCCCGGGUGGCUAUGGUAAUACUGGCUACAACAAUGCUUACAACCAAGGCCCAGCCCAGAACUUAAACCCGCCUCACGAUUAUAAUGCCGACCGCAUGUCAGAUGGCUAUGGACUUGACCAGCCAUACGACUCGCAUACCAUGCAUGCUGGUGGACACGGGGGCGGUCACUCUGGUGCAGUCAUGACCGGCGCAGGGCUGGCCGGUGGUUUGGCCGGUGCUGCUCUUGCCGCUGGUGCCAUGCGCCAGCAGUCUCCCGCGCCUGGAUCCCGUGGUUAUGCCACGCCGCAACAUCAACCGGUAUCUCCAUAUACCGAGCUCUCUGCAGAGCCCAAUCCAUUCAACACACCAGAAGGUGGCUUCAUCGAGAUGCCGAAUGAACCUCGUCGCAUGGAGCAGCCCCAAGUCCACGUUCACGCUGCCUUCGCUGAAAUGUCUGCCGCCCCCACGGCCAAAACACUUGCACAUGAAGAGCCCAAGAAGGACCCAGAACCCAUGGCGUACGAGAUGGGCACUGACCAGGUAGCCCCAAUUGAACUUGAUGGUGGUUACGUUGGGCCGGUCCAAACAAAGCAUGCCGAGGACUCGCCCUACGCUCAUACCGCUGAGCUCGCUGCUCAGCCUGCCCAUAGUCCUACGGCUCAGUCUCAGCACGAUGCACCCGGAUAUUUUGAUUCUCAGCAGCAACCUGUUGGAAGUGUAGCUCCUGGGCAGUAUGGACAGUACGGCCAGUCUUCUCGUCAAGACAGUAGGGACAACAGACCAACCGCAGAUGACUACGGAAUGAGACGUCAACGCACUGAGGAUAAUGGGGCACCGACUUCUAUGGGCACCCAGCCACCCUAUGGCAUGGAUCCUCGGAUGAGAAACUCUCCUGGUCCUAGAUCUCCAGGCCUCCGCGGCUCUCCCGGCCCUGGCGCUGGUCCUCGGCGCGGACCCGGUCAACGACCUGACCAGGCCUUCAGCCCCUCGCCUCUCACCGACAGUCCAUAUAACCGUUCUGCCUUGAACCAGAGCCCUGGCCCUGCCCGCACAUACUCGCCCGCCCCUCGCCAACCGCGCAGCCCCGAUCACAACUUGCCAAUCGGCCGACCUAACGGGCAGACGGCGUUUGCUGAACCCCAGCCGCAGUCGCCCAUUACCAACAAUGGCGGGUUUGACUUUACCUCUGGCUUCGCGCGACCACAGACCGCAAACAGCGAACGGCGGCAGCCGCCGCCGCAACAACACAGCUACCAGGGGCAGCCUCGGCCGUAUAACAACCAGGCCCAAGGUGGCUGGGGCGGAUACUAA